CCACCUCAGUCUCCCCUCGGCACCCGCGCGGAGCGAACGUAUCGCACGUUUUAUUUUAUAAAAUAAAAAUCUCAGUGAUGUGACAUAUGAACGUGGAAUGUGUUUGUGAUAGUGAUUUAUUAUUUCAAACUGAUAACAGUUUCAGUUUGGCUAAUGUGAUAUAAGGUAUUUUACAUGCUUACAAAAUUAAAAAUAGUACUUAAAGUGAUAUAACUGUGAUAGAAGUUUAAAUUAGUAUGCUCUAAAAUCUAAAACUUAGUGAUAAUAUCAGUGAAAUGUCUUCUUACUAAAAUGGAGAGGAAACUGACACGUGAAGAUUUCAUGAGGAAAAGUUUUCGAGCACCGAAGGUGUCGCCCGCCCCAGAGGGCCAGGAGCCUACUGUUAACGGAGCGCCACCACCAUCGCCGGUAUCUUUAGCCAUGUUGGAGAGGAACUCGCAACCACCACAACGAACCCAGUACGAGAUAACAUCCUCGGGGAUAGCUCCUAAACGACUUGAAAUCAAUAGAGCUCAUCCCAUCCACCUCAAGUCAUUCCAAUCUCCCGAACCUCCAGACGACACUGCACCAAUGCCGCCUUCAGACGAUGUUCUACGAAAACUUGAACGGCAAAUUGGUGAAAUGGAGAGGGGAUUGGAGAAAAGGGCACAGAAUGGUUCUGUUGGGGUCGAUGAAAGAGUGAGAUACGCUGAACAUGAGAACCUCUUACGUACUGGCGUAUCUUCAGUCGGUGGCGGAGGCUAUCUUCCAGCCGAUUCCGAUACAGAACACGACGUGGUGCCUUUCAAUAGAAACGAAAGCACUCGCAGCAGUACCGGUGGUGCUACACCAGUACCGAGACCAGCCACUCGUCUGGCCAGAACAAACUCUGACACUCAACAGUCAGUGGCAGCCACUGCUAGGAUGAUGAAGAAACUGGCUGAUGGCAAUAAGGAUGAAAAGUCCAAGGUUAUAUCUCGAAAAGCGAUACAAGCGAGGAUGGAGCGCGUCAAGAACUCUGUGACUGGGAAACAUGAGCACAGGGUUCUGGCUGAACAUAGGGUGGAUCCACCUUCUCCAAGGACACCUACGUCCCCUAUCUCUCCAAGGUCACAGAGUGCGUCGGAGUCGUCGGCGGGAGCGGGCGGCGGGGGCACAUCGGGCGGCAGCGCCCGGGUCUCGUCGCGCUCGCGGGCCUCAGAGGAACCACACAUUGGAAAGUACAAGCUAUUAAAGACAAUCGGUAAAGGCAACUUCGCUAAGGUGAAGCUAGCGAAACAUGUGCCGACCGGCAAGGAGGUCGCCAUCAAGAUCAUUGAUAAGACACAACUCAACCCUGGAUCACUGCAGAAGCUGUUCAGAGAGGUACGGAUAAUGAAGAUGCUGGACCAUCCGAACAUAGUGAAGCUGUUCCAGGUGAUAGAGACUGAGAAGACGCUGUACCUCGUCAUGGAGUACGCGUCAGGAGGCGAGGUGUUCGACUACCUCGUGCUCCACGGGCGCAUGAAGGAGAAGGAGGCGCGCGCCAAGUUCCGACAGAUCGUCUCCGCCGUACAGUACUGCCAUCAGAAGAGGAUCAUACACAGGGAUCUCAAGGCGGAGAAUCUCCUGUUGGACGGCGAGAUGAACAUAAAGAUAGCGGACUUUGGUUUCUCCAACGAGUUCACGCCGGGCGCCAAACUCGACACCUUCUGCGGCAGCCCGCCGUACGCCGCGCCUGAACUCUUCCAAGGCAAGAAAUACGACGGUCCAGAAGUGGACGUGUGGUCGCUGGGCGUGAUCCUGUACACGCUGGUGUCGGGCAGCCUGCCCUUCGACGGGUCCACGCUGCGCGAGCUGCGGGAGCGGGUGCUGCGCGGGAAGUACAGAAUACCCUUCUACAUGUCAACGGACUGCGAGAAUCUUCUAAAGAAGUUCUUAGUCCUGAACCCAGCCAAACGAGCCUCACUGGAGAGCAUCAUGAGGGAUAAAUGGAUGAACACCGGCUACGAUGAUGACGAGCUCCGGCCCUACGUGGAGCCACAGCAGGACUUCAAGGAUCAUAAUCGGAUAGAGGCGCUGGUGUGCGUGGGCUACAACCGACAGGAGAUCGAGUAUUCACUCGCCGAAGCGAAGUACGACGAUGUGUUCGCUACUUAUUUACUACUCGGCAGAAAGAGCACGGACCCUGAAUCGGACGGCAGCCGGUCCGGUUCAUCACUGUCACUCCGCACUGCCGCCGCCGGAGCCCAGCCUCCGGCCAACAACAAUUCCGCCGCACAUGCAGGCGCGGGCGCGGCGGGCGGCUCCCCGGGCCACCGCGGCGUGCAGCGCAGCAUCUCCGCGUCCGCGCGCCCCGCCGCCUCGCGCCGCGCCUCCUCCGGCGCUGAGGGGCUGCGCACGCAAGUGGGUACGACGACGACGGCAGCGAAUAACACCACAUCAACGGCUACCACGACAACGUCCAAUUUUAAAAGACAGAAUACAAUUGACUCUGCAUCGAUCAAGGAGAACACGGCGCGGAUCGCUCAAAUGCAGGUGGCAAGCACAACGCGGCCAAGCAGCGCAGCCCCCAAGCUGGAGCCCCGGUCGCGCACACUGACGGGCGGAGCGCGCAGGGCGCAGGCCUACGACGCGCCCCCGCCACAGCCGCCCAAACUGUCGCCGCCACAUGACGCGCCCAGUCUGAACUCGCAAGUGUCGACUGGCGGUGGCGCGACGGGCGCGCGGAGGGAGUUCCCCAACCCUCUCGUGUUCCCCAGGAAUGUACCCUCACGGUCCACCUUCCACUCAGGUCAGAACCGCACGCGCGGUUCAAGCGGCGGCGCGUACGGCGACGGCGGGUCCCCGCACCAGGCGCGGCCAUCUUUCUUCUCCAAGCUGUCCUCACGGUUCUCCAAACGGUUGAAUCAGAAUCCUUGAAACGUCGCAGGGAGCGGACGUGCUGGGAAGAUUUAAAAUAAUUAAUUAUUAUAAAUAAAUUAUAGGGAAUUGUAUACAGUACCGAUCGCUCUAUCAGCCAGUCGUUGGCCCGUAGAGCUUAUAUAAAAUAUUCAGUGUAUUGAUAAUAUUUACUAACAAAAUGUAUCUUUAAAUACUUGAUCUUGGUACUUUAAGUAUUGAAUAUGACUCAGAUUUUUUCUUCUUUUCUCCUCUAUGUUGUAGAAAAUAUUUUCAUUAUAUCUAAGGGUCUAUAUCACAAUGUUUGAAUAACAUUUUUGUUAGUUGUUGUUGUUGUUAGUUGACAUAUACAGCAACUCAGUCAGACAUAUUGAAAUAGAUUCUUGUUAUUAAAACUGUUUUGAAAUUAUUGGAGGAUAAAAUGGCUGUUUCUCUGUAUACGUGUAUUACAUGUCGUUCCAGACGUAAGAAAGAAAUAUCUGUACCCUUAGUAUAAGUUUACUUUACGUUUAAAGUAAUCGAAACGAGAACGCUUUUGACGCGAACGCUCUGAUUGGCUGGCUCGAAUAAAACAACCAAUCAGAACGCAUUUCGAUUACUUAAAACAUAAAGCAAACUCGUUCAAAGGUACUUACUGGUCACCUCUCUCAUUUUUGUUAUAAAAAAGAGUGAAAGAGAGUUUAGAUAUUGAUUUUCAUAAACUGGAAAAUUACUAAUUUGGAAAACUAUAUCUACCAACCGUAAUAUUCUCAACCAUUUUGUUUUCCAAUAAAUUCUAACUACUGAAGACUGUUUGAAUAGAUACUCAAUAUAAAAUAUUAUUGAUACACUGUAUAUACAUAUAAUUAAAACAAGAUGUUGUUUGUAAGUGUUAAUCAUUUUUUUUUAUAAUUGGCGUAACCGUGAUGUUUCAAAGUUAAUAGUUUACAUAUAAAAUUAAAAAUAUUAAAAGAUUUGUAAUCAUUUAUUAUUUCGUCAUUAUGGAAACGAUUAUAAUCGCGACGACUUCUGUCUACACGUUAUUUUAUUGAAAUUCUAUUGAUUUUUUGAUAUCUAGAAAAAUUGGUAAUAAAUACUGUUUUAAUUUUAUUUUUGGGGAUUAUAUGCUAAACAAUCAGAUUUUGGUAGUUAAUAAUGUAAAUAGAGUUGAAGAAAGACAUAGUUAGAGUCGACUACGUAAGUAAUCUCUAUUUCUUUCAAUUAACUCAUGAGGGAUGCGAUUUUCCAAUAAAAUAACAAAAUAAGACUUCUGCACCCCUUUCUGCCUAUAGGCGUUGGCCUAGUUUUUGUCUCGAAACUUAAUAUUAACAAGAUUGAGUGAUUGGUAGGACACUUACCUGCCGCACUCAGACACAUUUAAUGAUUACUUAAACUAUUCCUUAGUAACGAUUUUGUAUCGAAAACAAUUGCUAAGGACUGGGUUAAAGUAGCAAUUAAAUGAUAAUGAGUACGGCGGUAUGUGUAUAGUCGUAUCUUUAACUCUGUAUAUAUUAUGUACUGCCAAUGUCUAUAUACUAUAUUAUGAUACAAUAUAUAUUUUCUUAAAAUAAUGUGUAGCGGACCACUAGUCCCGUCGCGGUAUGCAUUUCAUCACUAGCUCAUAAGAAUUAUAGAUUUCUAUCUUCGAGCGAAUUUUCAACAUUCCAGGGUUCCAUAUUAUAUAUAUUUCGUUUUUUUUUCUCUUUCUUUUUUUGUAUUAUAUUUAAGUUCACAAAAAAGCACAAAUCUUGUUUCGUUCUUUUUUUUUAAUUAUUAUUAUUAUUUUUAAACUCUAAAUUCUGAAUUCUGUAGAUCGUUAAAUAUUUCAUUGACUGAUACAAUAUUUUUUUGUAUAUUUGUAUUUCAUAUAUUAUUAUGUUAAAUGUAUAGAUAAAAUAUUUCUGUAGUGAAAAUCUCAUUGUUGGGUUUCUAUGUGGACCAUAAAAUAUAUCCUUUAUUGGAAAAUAUAUCUUACAAGCAGAGGGACUUUUGGAAGAGUGAAUUAUGUGGAGGGAAAAUGACAUAAUUUGUAAUGAUCAUCUGUAUCAGUAAAUUAACUGAUUCAUGCAAAGAAAUAGGUCAAAUAAACCCCUUACAUGCCUUUCCUUCUACAAUAUCACUAUUUAAAAAGUUCCUCAAUUGCAAAAAUAUGAGUCUAGAAAAGAAUAUAACAAAUUAUUAAAAUUUUAUAAAGGCAACACUGUACACGGUAUUGCCAUAUCAAAAAAAAUAUCAAAAAUCUACAAAAGUACCUAAUACUCUGUACCUAUACUAUAUUUUCAAAACUAAAAUUAAAUGGUCCACAACGCAAUUAUGAUUAUAUUUAAGGCGUGAGUGAGAUAAUGAUCGAUAUAUUAUUAUAUAAUACUUUGUGUAUAAUAUAUAUUAAUUCAUACAAAUAGUAUUUUUUAGCGAAUAAGGUACAGGAAUAUAGGCUUCGGUACAAACAUUCAGUAGAUGUUACCACAACAUGUUUAGGCAGCUAUAUUUUUUUAAUUAAAAAAAAUACAUUUUGUUUUAAAACUGCAAUGUAAAGGACUUUCUUUCCUGUCCUUUACUCCCCCUCAUUUAGAAGUAGGGAAUCCGUCUCAGUUGAAAAAUUAACAUUGUUUUUUGUACGAGUUGUAAAAUUAAGAUUGCAUUUAAAUAAAACGGUUCUAUUCUUGUUCCUAAAAUGUUUGAUGAUCACAGUAGACAUUGAGUUUUCUUUUAAUUUUUUAUAUUGUGUGUCAUUCCAGUAAAUGUGGAUUUAUACUACUAAAUAUAAAGUUCUAAGGAAUAAACGUUUCACUUGUAAUAUCACUGUUAUACCUUGUACAAAAAAUGACAUUACUUUUCUUACUGCACCUAAUGUCCAAUUCUAAAAUAUUUUUUACUAAAAUUUAAACGGAUUUUUAUACAUUUCUCAUUAAAUAUUUCCAUACUUUUGACUCAUUAGUUCGUUCAUACUAGUAAGGUGUUUAAAUAAUUUUUGUAAAUAUUAUAUAAAAUAAACAUAAAAGCGUGCGAGUGUCGACGUUUGAGCAUUUUCUAAAAAAAAAUAAAACUUUUCUAUAUUUCAUGAGAAGUCCAUUAUAUGUGGUAAUUGUAAGCGUAUUCUAAUUAUAUAUUAACUUUUCUAUUAUUUUAUUUUUUUCAUUAUAAAAUGGGGUUCUUGAUUACGAUGCUUUACACUGUAUAUAAGCGUUCUAUAUACUUGUGAAGCGUUAUUCGGCGUUUCAUUGGCCGUUGUAACAUACACACACAUACUUCUCAUAUCUAUCUACAUAUAAGGGCCGAUUAGUACAAAAAUAUCAUUAAAAUAUUGGCUAUUUACCGAGACGCCCUUACAUCUUUUCUAUUAUAUGAUAAAAUUUUAUAAUACUACACGUUUUUAACAGUAAAAGUGUCGCUGUCUUUCUAAAUUGAGAGGAAACUUAAAUAUUCUCUUACUUAUAGGAACUUGAAGAAAUGUACAAUUGUAGUAGUUUGGUAUACCCGUCGGCCCAGUAUUUGUUGGACGUUAGAUAGAAUACUGAACAAAUUAUGUCAAAACUUAGGUGCUCUUGUAAGAAAUAAACCCGUGUGAAAAGAUAA